ACUCAGUUGGUGCGGUAAGAACAGAAACAGGCUGCCCUCACUGGGCGGAUCAGACUUCUCACUCCAGCUGCGUGGACGGGACCACACAUUUCGGAACUCCCCGAAAGAAAAGAGAGAAAUUCACUUGCACUUUAAGAGUUUAAAGAUCGAGCGUCAGUCAAAAGUUCUCCACAAACGCGAGGAUAUUUUUUUAGAUGAUCAUGGCAUCUAAAAAUCUGAAUGGACGUUUAUGCAUGGGAAAAUCGUAAAAUCUGAAUCCUCAAUGUGUCCUAGGGCUUUCAUCAGGCUACCAGGAGGUUCGGAGAGCAUCUGCCACAUUUAAGCUCUAAUAAUGCAACAUCCUUUGGAGAUUGGGGCGCACUAUUACCCCCCGGAUGCCCAUCUAGACCAAAGGUCUCACAGGUACAGGAGUUUCAUGAUCGAAGAGAUUCUUACAGAUCAUCCGGAUCAGAAGGUAUCAAGUCCCACCGGAGACCUUCUAAAGUUUGGAGUGCAUGCCCUUUUGUCCGCCAGACCUUACCAUAACCACUUAGUUCUGAAGGCAGACCAGACGGGUAUCCUGAAGUUUCCGGUGUCUCCUCUGUCCUGCUCGCUCGGGGCGCCGCUAAGCUCUGCGCUUCUGUCCGGUGCCGCGGGUCUACAGGUGGGCUCAUCAUCCCAUCAUCUUCCGCUGGACCUCCAUCUUCGGGGUAAACUCGAUCCUGGAGCUGAUGCAGUAAGCAAGACAAAGAAAGGAAGAAGGAGUAGGACAGUAUUUACUGAACUACAGCUGAUGGGUUUGGAAAAACGAUUUGAAAAACAGAAGUAUCUUUCAACCCCUGACAGAAUAGAUCUGGCAGAGUCCUUAGGCUUGAGUCAGCUUCAAGUGAAAACAUGGUAUCAAAACAGAAGAAUGAAAUGGAAGAAAAUUGUGUUGCAAGGAGGUGGACUAGAAUCUCCAACCAAACCCAAAGGCCGUCCAAAAAAGAACUCCAUCCCCACCAGUGAGCAGCUGUCGGAGCAGGAGAGGACACGAGAAGCGGACCGCUUAUCCGACGGUGGAGCUUCUUCACUUUCUGAUGCAAACCAAGAGGAAUAAACGGGAUAGAUUAUCCCGAUCCGUGCGAAUGCGAUUGUCUCUGGGACGCAAAAUCGGCCUCUUUGGAUGAUUGCGCACCGAUGCCUUUAUGUUGGCACUUACACAAACUUAACCACUUGGUUUGAUUUUAUACUACCUGUUUGUCUGUUUGUUUCAUUAUGGCAACUUUUGCGGGCCUCAAAAAGUCACAGUGAACUUUUCCAGGGACCGAGUGGUGAUUAGCGAAUGGACUUUCAGGAUUGAAGGCUGUGGUAUCAUGGACUUUUUAAUCAGCAUUAUUUGUGCUUUUUUAUGUUUUUCAUUAGAAUUUAAAGAAUAUUCAAAAAAUUAUUAAAAUGCCAAUUUUUUC